AACAUGGCAGCUGGGUACACAUAUGAAGAUUUUAAACUGGUCAUCCAUGAUCCUUUCGUGAAGUGUUCUCUUUGUGAUUAUGUCACACUGCCCUGUCACCUCUCACCUGAAACCAGUGCUGUUGCCAUGGAGAUCAGGUGGUUUAAGGGCACAGACUGUAUCUACCUGUAUAAGAAUGGCCAUGUGACUGUGAGGGAGGACUAUGAGGGCCGAGUGAGUGUGAACACCCUGGAGCUGCAGAGAGGAGACGCGUCUCUGACACUGAUAGUGAGCAGAGAGGAAGAUAAAGGACUGUACACAUGCCAGGUCAUCAGUGGAGAACACAAGGAGGAGGGAAGAGUCCGUUUGCUGGCAAGAAGUGCUAGUGAGUACCAGAGUGAAGUUGAUCUAGAUCUGUCCAGCAUUCCUUUUGGUCGGUUGAUUGGUCGGCUAUUUGGUUUAACAAUGCAGAGAAAUAUAACUGAUGAAGAGAGGAUGAGAAUGGAGGAAUCUGUCCAGUUUCUGGGAAACAUCCAGGCGGUUUCACCAUAUGAAUCUGUAGGGCUGCUGCAGUUGGAGUUAAGGGAACUGGCCCAGGCUGUGAUUGGACCCCUGAAGAGUGGGCUCCAUUCCUUCAACAACGUCUCGGACAUGCUCCUCAGUGUCAAUGCAGAUAUUGUCCUUCCUGGAUGCCGGACCUUUAAUAAGAUCAGACAAGAGAUUAAAAACAUGAAGCAGCAGAUGGAAAAGUCAGAGCUGGUGGCCGGAAACGAGCUUCAACGCCUGGAUUGGGAGACUGAGAGACUCACUGCAGAGCAGAGUCAUUUAGCGAAUGAGAGAAGGCAGAGAGAGGGUGAGUUAGGAACAUUUAAAACACAGCUGGAGUCACACAGAUCCUCUUUAGAGAGUUACAAUGAAGCUCUAAGGACAGAGAAGAGAAACCUGGAGUCAGCAGAAGACACCCUGCGCAGGCAGAGGCAGAGAAGAGACGAGGCAGAGACGAUAAGGAAUGCUGGGUUUUUUGUUACAUUAAUCCCAAUUGCGGGCUGGAUUGCUGGCCCAGCUAUGAUGAUUGGUGGUCAAAUAGACAUGAUUGUAGCCUCUGAAGCAGCAGGCACCGCUAGGAGGGAGAUAGAGAACUGUGAAUCUCAGGUGAGAUCAUACUCUGGCAAAGUGUCUGAAUACUGGAACUUGAUCCAUAAAGCUGUCUGCGACAUCCAAGAGGUUGACUGUCGGAUUCGUGAGAUGGAGGCCAAGCGGCGGGGUGUGUCUGUGAAGCGGGAGGUUGUUGCUGAUGUUCAGGCUAAAAUGAGGAGAACUGUCCAUCAGCUGGGGCUGCUGUGUGGAGUGGGGAGCGCGGCAGAGCUGCAGACCCGACGCCUGAUCCUGCUGGAGCCUGUGAUGAAGGUGAUGGAGGAGAUGACAACAGCACUGGGUCAGAUCACUGGAGAUGACCUGCUGCACACAGAAGGCAUAAAGAGCCUAAUGUGGGAUAUGAAGAAGAACCAGAAUAAACUACGACAACUUGCUGACACCAGAGAUACUGGUCUAUAUAAUGAAUAUUACUAACUUGCCAUUCCCUAACUACAUUUUUGUUAAUCUCUAUUUCCUCUAAACUUGAAAAUCUUUUGAAAAUCUCACAGAGCUUUAUUUGACAAAGACAGGACUUGAUGGGCUAUUUUGGAUAAAAUGCUUGCUUGUUUCCCUUUUGUUUAGAUGCUUAGAGAGAUGUGUAUUAAUGUAAGCGCAGCCUUCCUUAAUUGAAAGUAAGCACUGCACUGGUCUGAUGAAAUGAGAAUAGGAUUGUAAGUGAAAAGAGAAAAUAAACACAUUUUAAAACGCUUUUUUAAUUUUAUGGAUAAAAGAAAUGCCUAAUGGUUUUAUGAGAUGAGGAAUGGUGUUUGUUGUAUGUUUCUAUACCUUUUUCUAUACAUUUUCGGAGACAAAUAAAGCAAUAUGGGGAAUGUCAUUAUAUUCACAGUAAGUGUAAAGCUUUGCAUUGUUUGAAAAAAAAAUAAAGGUGCCACAAAUGA